CAUUGUUUGUAGUUGGAGAUGAUGCUUUUAUUCUGAAGGAUCCGGUGGUCGGAAGUUGGACGUGCCGAGCGGAAGCAGCAUGUCUCCUCCUCGUGUUUGACAGGUGUAAACACUGAGCUUGUGCACACACAUCUUUUAUAUCCAUCUCUGGGUCCAGCACACACACACAUAUACACACCAUGUCCUCCCAGGAAGAUGGUGCAGCAGAGCAGCCAGGCCCUGACACCACCAUGGGACCAUCCAUCUCUUCUUCCUCCUCCUCCCUUGAGAGUGACGCCACCACCGGGGACAUCAUCACUGUCACCAUCGGGGCAACCGUGCCCACAGGGUUCGAGCACACCGCCGCAGAGGAGGUCAAGGAGAAGAUUGGGGUCGACGCGCGUAUAAGCAAAGAUCGUGGACGUAUAUACUUUCCAAUAAGCACUGACAAGCUUUUCCAGGUCCAUCUUCUGAGGUCUGUGGACAACCUGUUUGUCGUGGUUGAGGAAUAUGAUGAUUACCAGUUCAAACAAUCAAAGGAGGAGACUUUGACGGAGUUGCAGCAGCUUGCCUCCAAGCUGCCUUGGACUAAUGCCUUAGAGGUUUGGAAACUAAAUCGCACCCUAAAAAAGAAGAAGGGUUACCGGAAAGGAGGAAACGGCACCAAAGUCAAGCCUAAUGGUGAGUCCGCUGAUGCGGCUGUGGCCGACACCGAGCAGCAAGAGCCACCCGAAGCGAAAGCCACCUCUGCCGAAAGCCAGGCGAAGACGGAGAGCGCGCCCGAGGCGGAGUCCAGCCAGCAAGACUCGGGGGAGGCAGCGCCUGAGGCCAAAGUCAUGAAAUUUCGCGUGACGUGCAACAGAGCCGGCGACAAACACAGCUUCUCCUCUAACGAGGCCGCCAGAGACUUUGGCGGGGCCGUGCAAGAGUUCUUUCAGUGGAAGGCUGACAUGACCAAGUUUGACAUAGAGGUGUUACUAAACAUACACAAUGUAGAGGUGGUGAUCGGCAUCGCGCUCACGGAAGAGAGCCUCCACAGGAGAAACAUCAGUCACUUUGGACCCACCACCCUGCGCUCGACCUUGUGCUACGGAAUGCUCAGGCUGUGUAAACCUCAGGCAUCAGAUAUAAUACUUGAUCCAAUGUGCGGGACCGGAGCUAUACCGUUGGAGGGAGCCAUUGAAUUUAACAGUUCAUUCUACGUCGCCGGUGACAACUAUGACAUGGCAGUUAACCGCACAGUGAAUAAUAUAUGUCACAUCCAGAAACGGAGGGCAGACAAGGGCAGUGCACCUGGAUUGCCCAUUGACACAGUGCGUUGGGAUCUGUGCAAUUUACCCAUCAGGACCAGCUCUGUUGACAUAAUCAUCACUGACAUGCCCUUUGGGAAGAGAAUGGGCUCUAGGAAGAAGAACUGGGACCUUUACCCUUCAUGUCUGAGAGAAAUGGCCCGUGUGUGCAGACCAGGCUCAGGCAAGGCUGUCUUGUUAACGCAGGACAAGAAAUGCUUUUCCAAGGCCAUCUCAAGGAUGGGAGGACUGUGGAGGAAGCUGCACACUGUUUGGGUCAACGUCGGGGGUUUACAUGCCGGGGUCUACCUCCUCAAGCGGACCGGGGCUGUGUUUGGCCAAACUCCGGAGGAUGUGUAUGAAUCACGAGGAACGGUCAACGCACAAGGGGAUGAGAAGGACGAUAAGGAGCUCUCCGAAGUCACAUCCGGCGUUUAAGUUCUGAAUUUAUGUUUGGAGGCCAUGUAGGUUAAACCUUUAUUUAUAUUCCCUUAAUUCAGGUUGUUUUAGUCAAGUGUGCCAAACUGCUUCAGUGUAUCUGUUUUGUAUUCCUCAUUUGGUUUAAUGUGACAAUAACUGGAAAGAGGAAAAAAAAAAAGAAGCAAUUUUCAUGUUCAGCUCACAUUUCAUUUGUCAUAUUACUGUACAGAAACCUGCUCACGGUUGUUCCAUUGCACACCUCAAACCUGCUGUGUCCACUUUACAGGCUCUGCACACUGACAUCAGAUUAAUAAAGAUUCAAACAGAA